AACCAUGCGAGAAGUGCUAAAUAAUUGUAUUUCCAAGUCAGCCCAAUAUCUGAAACGUGUACGUACACUAGCAUAGUUAUGAAUAUCUGCACUACAGUAUAAAUAUUGUGUAAAGAUUGGAUGUCAAAUAUAUUGUUAUUGUUCAAGUUCUCGUUACUGUAACGCUGGCGUAAAAAAUAAUAUUGACAAUGGAAAAAAGGUUUGAGACGAAAGAGGCCCAAAACUGGCUUAACUGUAUGAUUGCAACAUAUACGACCAGGGACGUAAUUGCACAAUUAGCCAAACUCGGAUUUAAAGCAUUUUACACGGAUAUACGACAGGAUAUGCUUGCAAAACACGGUAUACUUCAAACAACUACGUGUAGUUCGUGUAUUGAUCCCUCCAAACAGUGCCGCCUGUGUUCAGAAAUAGGUCAUCGCAUUUGGAACUACCAUCGUUUUAAACGAACACAUUUGAAAGGCCCAUCAUGGAGCAAUACGGACAUGACAAAAUGGUGCAGUGAUUCAUGGGAGUUAGCGAAGUGUUACAUGCCUCCCACCGGUUACAAGAAUAAACCAAGUGCUGACAAAACAGAUUUCAACGGAUUAAUUGGUGCUUUAAUCAACUGUACUUGGAUGCAGAAUUACUUUACAGAUGAUCUUAGCCAGAAUACUAAUUUCUGCAUGAAGGCGCGAGAAGAAGUAAACGCACUACGACACAUACAUGACACAAACAUAGAUGAAGGGGAAAUGAUCAGCCUCUUCGAUUGUCUUUUCAAUCUCCUUAAUGAUCCUGCAUACCUGAACAGCUUUAAACCAGCAGUGAAAGCAAGAACAUACCUUACUCAGCUUCAGAACGAUAAACUGCUAUUGUCCGACACCUUGACAAAAUGCUACGAAGACCUAAAGGAAGAGUUUCGCGGAGAUUUAAUACGAUUCUAUACAACGACGAAAAAUACUGUGUCUGUUUCACCACUACGUCAGGGUCAUGACAAACCUAUCUGGGAUAUCUUUGUGUCACCGAAAUUAAGCCACAUAAAACUACAAAAAGAUGGUUCUCGAAAGAAAACGGAAAACGCAAUAAAACAAUACAGAAACAUAUUUUUUAAAGAUGAAAAGCUGUGUAGUUGUGUGUUUAUUCAAGGAGAGCCCGGUAUAGGGAAAACAACGUUCCUUACUAAACUUGCUCUUGAUUGGUGUGAUGCAGUUUCUGAACACAAUUCUAUUCAUAAGGCUUCAUUUAGUGAUAUCGACACACUGAAUGGGUUCGAGUUUCUCUUUCACAUAUCACUGAGAGAUGCACUCGUCGUGAAACAACGUGAGGUGGUAGAGAUGAUUAAAACACAAAUUAUCGACGCCAUUUACACUGGUGAUAAACGCGAAGUUGUCUUUCAGCUGGUACACACAAUCCUGGCACGGGAUACUUGCCUCGUAUCUAUGGAUGGGUUGAACGAGUGGGUUGAUCCUUUUCAUAAAUAUGUUUCGCCGUUAAUGGCAAACUGUUUUACAAAGUGCGUUUCAUUAAUUACUACACGACCAUGGAAAAUGUCGGAUGAGCGAAUCAAGGAUUCUGAAAUUAAACGACUUAUCGAAAUUGAAGGGAUAACUGACCCAAGGGAGCUAACGGAGAACAUACUCAUCAGUUUUAACUCUGUCAAUCAAAAGUCACAGACUGAGUUCAUGGAAUACGUAAAUGAACGUCAAUUGAUGCAGCUUCUUAUUUUACCAUGGUAUCAGACAAUGUUAAUAAGCUUGUGGAUGAACAAUAGCGAUUUUAAAGGUUCACUGUGUGAAAUAAAUUGUAUUCUACUUGACCUUAGUUUUAAAAAAGGGAAUGCAAAAGAAGGAUAUUUCAGAAAAGGAACUUGCUUUCCGUGCUUAUCGAACACAAGCUUUAUUGAACCGCAUUGUGAGAUUUUAGACGCGCUUGCUAAUGCUGCAUUUCAUUUCACGUUUUCUUCACAAAAAUCCCUAGUGUUUUCCAAACGGGAAUUACUGGAUUUUAUGUCCAAAGAGCAACUACAAUUCUGCCUCGAUGCUGGCCUGUUGACGGUUAUGUUUAAGUCAGAUGUUUUGUUAAAUAGUCCACAAAUGUCAUUUGUACAUGAGACGGUCCAGGAAUUCCUAGCUGCAUAUUAUAUAGCAAUUUCAAAGGCGGAUGUUAUAGAAAAUUUACUGAGCAAACAUAAAUUGAAUGUGUUAGAAAUGAGCCAGAUAAUUAUAUACAUGUGCGGGCUUGAUUGUAAGAUAGCUAAUGAACAAAUAAACCGUCUGAUUGACGGCGACUUCUUCAAUGACAUGAACCAUGCACUAAGCAGGUAUAUACGACAUUUUCAAAUUGAGAAAUUAGCAGCAUUUAAAACAGAUUAUAAAUCAAUAGAAAACAUUGGAAAAUUUUCAAAUGAUGAGAGGGACUUCGAUUCGCGUAUGUUAGCUGUAUCAUUCUUAUUCCAGCGCAUGAUGAUUACAGGUUUCAGUGAGGCUAAAGCCAGCAGUCAGAAGGAUAUUUGUUUGAAGUGCAGGGACUUUAUAUUCAAUGAAUAUCUCAACGAGCCUCAAUCAAACGCAUUACGUGCACUAAUGUACAACACAUCCAAUGUCAGGACACUUAUUUUAGAAAGUAAUUUAUUGCAAAUAAGCGAAAUACUGAUCGUCCUUCAACAGUCAAGGGAUUGUCUUGAACGUGUAAAGGCCAGAGUUACUCCGGACAUAUAUAAGGCAUUUUAUAAUUUAAACCUGAAAGAGCUGCAUUUUAUCGGAAGAAUCAACGUAUCAUCAAUAUCUGAUGUUCUUACAUCCCUGUCUACGUUAACGUAUUUAUACAUAGAAGAUUCAAUCUGUAACGAAAAAAUCACUAUCCCUGCCACUUUAAGGUUUUUAGACUUGACGAAAAUUAGCUUUACUGUCGUGUUUCUUCGAAGGUUACUAGAACAAUUAUCUUUAUUAAAACACAAUUUUCAAUUAGAAAUGUGUGAUGUGAAUGUCACCGAUUUCAAGAAACACAUUCUUCAAUCAGAACUAUUACUUAUUGACAUGUCAAAUAUCGACAUAAACGUGAAGCAGGGUAACAAUGACCUAUAUGGUUUGCUGAGUUGUACACCUAUCGAUAACAUGUAUCUUAUGACGUCUGACGAUGCUGCAUUAGCAUCAGAUAUUUUACCCACAUUCAGUGCAUUAAAAACAUUUUAUUUACGGGGGACCUUUAUGGGUCGAUGUGAUUUUAAAAAUGCCUUCAUCAUUGAACUGUAUCCGUCUUGUGAGAGGUGAAUGCACAUCUGAGUGGCUGUGCAGCUUGUUGAUCAAGCUUUGUGCAUUAGAUCAUCAUAUAGAGUGUGAUCUGUGGAACUUUGUACUGCAAUCACAUGAAGAAGAUUGCGACGCUGAUUCGAAUAUACAUGAAUGAGACCUGCGUUCUAAACUAUUGGCAUGUGAUAUGUCUAAUAUUGAGAUAGUAGUAAAAAAUGGCAGCAAGGAACUGUUUGAAAUAUUUCGUGACACAAGUAUAGGGUCCCUAAGUUUCGGAACUGCUGAUUGUGUUUCACUUGCAUCAGA